GAGAGAGAGAGAGAAGGGGCCAAUUAGCGUGAUUUAGAAUGGGAAAACCUACCCUUUCACUAAAGUCGAUUCCCUGUUUUUCAACUAACAGCACGACAGAGAGAGAAAACUAUCAAAAGUGAAGUGUGCCCACACGUUGCAGCUGUCUCCAGCCCAUUUCCCUCCCAUUCGCCCCAUUUUUCCCUACCCUCUCCUCUCUUUAUAUUCCCCAUUUCUCUUCUUCACUCCCUCAUCACCCACCAGCCGCCACCUCCACCUCCAUCGCACCGCAGUUCAAAAUGUCACAGCCCCAUCUCUUGCUUUCAUUUCUUGGUUUUUUCAUAUUCUUUAGCUCUAGCUAUGUCUAUGCUUCCACUCAUUCAAAUCCACCGCAACUACAGGCCUUAAACACUAAGCCAGAGUACAUCAACCCAAAACUUCCCCCAAGAACCCUUUCCUCAUCCAAGAAAUUCGAGGGUUCUUCAGACUUGGUCCAGCUCCGCUACCACAUGGGCCCAGUCCUCUCCUCUUCCCCGAUCAACAUGUACCUCAUCUGGUACGGUCGUUGGGCUGCUUCCCAAAAGCUCCUCAUCAAGGACUUCAUCAAUUCCCUCUCCCCAGCUACUGCUGCCGCUAAGCCCUCUGUCUCCGAGUGGUGGCGCACUGUCUCUCUUUACACAGACCAAACCGGCGCCAAUGUCUCUCGUUCUGUCCUCAUAGCCGGCGAAUACACGGAUAAGACCUACUCUCAUGGGGCGCACUUGACCCGUCUUUCCAUCCAGCAAGUGAUAGUCACCGCUGUGAAAUCUGCUCCUUUCCCAGUGGAUCACAAGAACGGGAUUUACCUGAUCCUCACAGCACAAGACGUGACCGUACAGGACUUUUGUCGAGCAGUUUGUGGGUUCCAUUACUUCACAUUCCCAUCGAUGGUGGGCUACACUUUACCAUACGCGUGGGUGGGAAAUUCAGGAAAACAGUGCCCUGAAGUUUGCGCCUAUCCUUUCGCAAUACCGGGAUACAUGGCAGGAGCUGGGCCUGGGGCAUUAAAGCCACCGAAUGGCGAUGUGGGUGUGGACGGGAUGAUCAGCGUAAUAGGCCAUGAGCUUGCAGAGCUAUCUUCGAACCCAUUAGUAAACGCCUGGUAUGCAGGAGAAGACCCCACAGCACCAACUGAGAUUGGGGAUUUAUGCGAAGGAUUAUAUGGGACAGGCGGGGGUGGAGGAUACAUAGGGCAGGUAAUGAGGGACAAGCAAGGAAGGACUUUUAACAUGAAUGGUAAAAGAGGAAGGAGGUUUUUGGUGCAGUGGGUUUGGAGCCCUGAGUUGAAGGCAUGUGCUGGGCCUAAUGCUAUGGAUUAAAGGGCUUCUUGAGCAUCUUGCAAAAUAUUUAGUUUUUUUUUUUUUUUUUUUUUUUUUUAUUUAUUUAUUUUAAAUAAUCAGAUUCUAUGCUCUUGAAUCAUGAUUAUUUUUUUUGAGUUUGGUGGAUUCGAAUAGGUUUGAAUGUGCAGAAAGUUUUAAAAAGUUGUGGGAUGGUGAGAUUGAGGGUAGGAAGCACAACAUAAGAUUUGUCAUCUUUCUCAUUUCUUUAUUAUUAUUAUUAUUAUCAUUAAUUGUUUAGAUGUAUAAAGAAAGAAGAGAAUGGUGUUGAAUUCAUGUUAGAUUUUAA